UAGACUGCACCCUACAGCGGCUUGGGUUUCGCAUACAGACAUAGGUAGGCAUGGGCACCAGCAACGCGCGAUGGCUGAUGCUCGUGUCGUGUCUGGCCGUCAUGGCCCUGGCGGCCGGGGCGCGCCGGUCGAGCAUCCACGACGCCGCCCCGCCCCCCAACAGAGCCGGUGGAGUAAAGGCGCAGGUCGGCGGGUUCGCGAGGGCGGACGGGCAGCGGUUCAUGGUGGGCGGCCGGCCGUUCUACCCGAACGGCUUCAACGCAUACUGGCUCAUGUACAUGGCGUUGAACCCCGCCGACCGGAGCAAGGUGCUCGACGUGCUGGACCAGGCGUCCCGCCUUGGCGCGACGGUCAUCAGGACGUGGGCCUUCAACGACGGCGGCAGCAACCGGCCGCUGCAGACCACCCCUGGCGUGUACAGCGAGGACGUGUUCGUGGGACUAGACUUCGUGAUCGCCGAAGCGAAGAAGCGAGGGCUCUACUUGAUCCUGAGCCUGGUGAACAACUGGGGUGACUUUGGUGGGAAGAAACAGUACGUGCAGUGGGCCAAAGACCAGGGCCACAACCUGGGCUCCGAAGACGACUUCUUCAGGGACGCCCUCGCCCAGCAGUUCUACAAGAAGCACGUCGAGAGGGUGGUGACGAGGGUCAACAGCUUCACGGGGUUGGCGUACAAGGACGAGCCCAGCAUCUUUGCAUGGGAGCUGAUGAACGAGCCCCGAGUCCCGACCGACCCCUCCGGGAAGACCAUGCAGGCCUGGGUCACGCUCAUGUCCUCCUACGUCAAGUCCAUCGACGACAAGCACAUGGUGGAGGUCGGGCUCGAGGGGUUCUACGGGGAGUCCACGCCGGAGCGCAAGCGGAUCAACCCUGGCGGAGACUCCGCCGGCACCGACUUCAUCGGAAACAACCGCAUCCCCACCGUGGACUUCGCCACCAUCCACUACUACCCCGACGUGUGGCUGCCGGGUUCGACCAGGGAGCAGCAGGUGGACUUCUGGAAGACGUGGAUGGCGUCGCACAUCGAGGACACGGCGAAGGCGCUGCGGAAGCCGCUGGUGGUGGCUGAGUUUGGAUGGAACUCCGUCGGCAACGCGGUGGCGGCGCGGGACGACUACUUCCGCAUGGUGUACGACGCCAUCUAUGCGUCGGUGAAGGGGGGCGGGCCGUGCGCCGGCGGCCUCUUCUGGCAGGUCUUGGCGCCCGGGAUGGAGAGCUGGGCCGACCGUUACGCGGUUGUGCUUGAGGGCAGCUCCACCACUGCCGCCAUCGUCUCCCAGGAGUUCGCUAGGAUCGGCGGAAGCAGGCCGUGAGUCUAGCCUGCAGGAAGCAAGGACCCACGAGUCGUGUUAGGAUAGUUGCAAUCGUCUAAUUAGGUCAAGAUUGCUCACAAAUAAGGCUAACAUAUGUAGUGGCAUACCAAGGAAUGAG